AUGUGCAUUAUGUUUGAUUCUUCAUCUGUUACAGGUCAGAAGGUUGCAGCUAGUUGUUCUCAAACAAGGCCUAAGAGGCCUGGUAUCUACAUAGGUAAUGAAAGGGCAGUUGUGCUGUUCCUGUUUUUUGAGUCAGUGGUCUUGUUAGUUUUAGCUGUACUAGUGAGGUUCUGUUGCACAUUUUGGAGGAAAAAGAAGCUGCAAGGCCAAAACUUUGGAAAUUUUCUGGAUAAGAGACGUUCGCUCCAACUCAAGAAGAAAGCAUUCGAUAGAACAAUCACCGAGCUUGAGCAGAAGGCUGCAGAGGAAGCAGUAACCGGUGAAGUGAUUGAAAAGCUCAGCAGUUUGGUGCAAGAAAGGAAAGGCGUUGAGAGAAAGCUCUCAACAACUUAUAGUUUAGGCAGGGAUACUGCAGGUUCAUAUUCAAAGUCUCUCCUGCCAGUAUAUGAUGCUAAAACCAGAAGCUAUUCAUUUCAAGGGGCAAAGAAGGAGAGUGUUACCAUCUUUCACACUCUGAGUGACACAUCUUCAGGCAGCACAGAAAUAGAAAACAGUUGGGAUUCUGAAGAAGAUAACAAUCAGGUUGCAGCUAACACAAACGCUAAAGCAAAAGCUCCCAUUGAAGCAGAGAGUUCAAGUGAUGAUGGGGUCUUUAUGCAUCACAGGAUGAGUCCAUCAGAGCCAGCUUCAAGCUCCAGGCGAUUCAUUAGUCCAUUAUUCGUGGAGCAAGAGGGGGAGGUGGUGGAGUCCAUGUCCAUGUCAAGUGUCUUAAAGAGGAGAAAAGCCUUGUCUUCAACAAAGUAGAAUCUACACAAAAAUUUGAUUACACCAUGUAAUGUUAAUCAUCAGCAUCAAAACUGAUAACCCAAGUUGAAGAAGGAGAAGAAUAAUUUGUGAGAGCUUAUGUAUGUUGGUAUUGAUAGACA